AGGGACCCAGGCCUCUUUCAGCCAGGCAGAGCGAGUGACCCUUGAACCUGUCCAGGCCACCGACUCCCUGCACUCCCUGAGGCCAGAGGCCUGGACCGAGGUCUCCCAGCUGCCCGAGGGGCUCGGGGGGCGUGUCAUAGAGCCUCAGCUGACCUCCGACCCGGCCCAGGAGACCUCCGGGGAGAGUGCGGCUCCCGCCGGGGGAGGAGGUCGGGCAGAGGAGGAGGCGGGUGUCGGGGAGGAGGAGUUCCCCACCUUUGGACAGUGGUCAGUGCAGUACCUUGCCGAGCAGGAGAAGCAGAAGGCGGAGACGGAAGAGCCGUCUCCUGUUGUGAAAGCCUCCCAGAAGAAGCUGCGUCAGAAUUUUGCUGCGGCGGCAUGUGGCGCCAAGGUCGUUUCGAGCAAUGCGGAGGCCGAGCACACGAGCUAUCUCCUCAACGGGAACCCGGAUGAGUACAUGAUCUCCCCGUGCAAGGCUAAGAAAUGAUAUCCUACCAAAGAGUGGCUUCCCCUGGGCCUGUUUGAGCUGAGUGCGGAACGUUCGGUGCAGUCGUUUGCGACAGAGGUCCUCGAGGAUUUCGUCAAGUUUGUGCGGGUGGAAAUGCUGGAGCAUCAUGGGAACGAACACUACUGUCCCAUCACCACCUUCAGGGUUCUGGGCUUGGAUUUAGCCUCUGACGAUGACGACGAUGUUUAUCACGAGCACUCUGAUUCUGAAGGUCCCAGUGAUGAGGCUCCAGUGGAGGAUGAGAUAGAGGAGUCUGUGAAUCUGUUCACCAGUGCCAAAGACACCGUUGUGAAGCUGAUGAAGAAAGUUCUCUACAAGGGUGAGGAGGAAGCGGCAUCUGCCUCAGCAGAAGGGGCAGUGGACCAGUCAGAGCGGAGGUACAGACUCCAUCCGGCGUUCCCACCGUUGUCAUUCCUGACGUUGGGGUCAUCACAGCAUCAGUGCCGGUAGCGACGAGCAGCCACGAGGCUGAGGAAAUCCCCAUCGUGACCAAACUGGACGACACGGAGCAGCUGCCGGCAGAGGCCUCCAUCCCGCCGGUGGUCAUCAAGCUGGAGAGCCAGGAGGGCGACAACGAGGUUGUCGUGACCGCCGAGCCCGCUGCAAGGGGACAGCACUCUUCAAGGCUGGUGUGUGAGUACAGGCCCCUGCACCAGUAUCUGCAGCUGAUGUCUGCGAGCUGCGCCUCGUGCUCCGUGUCAACGGUGACCUCUGACCUUAUGUGUCAACGUGAAAAAGAUCGACGUACUCUGGUGCCAGACAUCGUCCAUGUGGACAGUUCUCAACACACGCCCAAGUCUCCUGUCAGUUUGAUUGAGGAAAAGGAGGAGCAGACGGUGAAGGAUACCCAAGUAUCUUCUCCUGAAAGCGAGAAAAUGGGACAAAGUAAGCACACAUCAGCUCCGCCAGACCUACCGCCAAAAGAGCAAGUCGUUGGAGAUAAAGAAAAAGCAGUUUCCAAAAACUCGGAGCCCGAGUUGCCAAAGUCUUCUGCAGAGGACUCCACUUUGAGUGUGUCGGAGGGCUCGGAAAUUUCGUCUCAGCCCCAAAUGUCAGCCGCUCCGACAGAUUCGGGCACACUUCCUCUUCAGUCUCCGUCUCAGCAGCAAGAGCAGCUGCAGCAGACGAAGCAAAGUAGCACAGAAGAGCUGUCUUCGUCACAGUCGACCAGUUUUACGUUUGAUGACGUUUCUAGCACUCGUUCCGAGACGCUGGAGCCAAGCUCUCUCUCGAGUCAUGCUGACCUUGAGCGGGGAGCGGCCUCGGUGGUGACCCCUAACCUUGACAUUGAGCAGUCGCGUGUGGUUCAGCAAGAGGCCACGGAUAUCACAGACUCGCUGUUCCUGAAGGUGGCCCCGUCCCCCACGGUGCUCUCCGAAGACUCUCAGGACGAGAUGGGGCUCCCCGUGCCGGAGACACCGUCAUCCUCGGAGAGACACCAGCAAGCUCCAGGCACAGAGGAAGACCAGCCGGGAGAGAAGCCGGCAGAGAAGCCAGUGGUGGCCGCUCACGAUUCUCCGGAACCCAGUGCGGAGAAGGCAGGGGCGUCGACGCCAGAGCUUCCUUCCCAGGACAACGCUGGCGCUGGUGGUGGUGGUCAACAACCGACGGCGCCCUCUACCGGCCAGUCGGUGAAUGCGACGGGUGGUCAGGCGGUACCCAGUGGUGCCCAGAAACCCAGUAGUCCGUCGAAGAAAGGUGUGGAUUUGAUCAAGGUUGGGAUGGCGUCCAAUUCGAAGCGAGACAUGUCCAUCAUGAAACUGAGCAGUCGUAUUGUGGCUCUGGAGCAGAAUGUCUCCAUGACCAAGAGGUACCUGGAGGAGCUGAGCCGGGCCUUCAAGCAGCAGAGCGAGGACAUGAUGAGGCUGCUCAACAAGACCAUCAGUCGACUCAACUCCCACGUCACGCAGACAGAGGAGAAGGAGGUCCAGCAGAAGCUGGUGAUCGGCGUGCUGGAGCAGAAGGUGACUAACCUGACUCGUGUGGUGGACGUGCUGCAGAACCAGGUGGAUGUCAUGGGCAAGGAGCUGAACCAGCGCCAGUGGCUUCUCUCCAUCUUCCAAGUCCUGCUGUUCCUCUGGCUCCUGGUCUCCUCCUACCGUGGUCGCUCCAAGCCACCCCUGGCUCUGUCUGACCACCAGUUCCUGCUGGACACCAUGCCCAAACAACCUCAGGUGGAGCACGUGGACACCUCCAGCGGUCAGCGACGCAACUCAGACGUGGGUGUGGCCAGCGCGGGGGCGGGGUCUGGCGCGGCCUUGAAAAGGCAGUCCAGUGAGACGAGUCUCGUUUUAGGGACUGGCCCUUCUGUAAGUGAUUCAGGGAGGUCAACUUUUCAUUCCCCUGGAGUUAGUCAGGGUUCAAAGAAGAGGAAAAAGAAGAAAAUGAAGCAUGUGGAGAGUGUCCUCAGCAUUUCCCCCACUGGUGUGUCCCAGGGUUCUACCUUUCAGCCAGACCCAGUGCAGACUCCCAGCUUCUCUUCCUCCGCCGGUGUCCUCUUUGGGGCGCGGCCUCCUAGACCAGGGGGUGGGGCAGCUGAGGUCGACAGCGACCGAAGUGAUAAGGAGAACCAGAGGGAGGACGGGAAGAGCAGACACUUUUCGUCGGGAGGGGCGGGACAGGAAGGGCGGUCUGUUUUGACUCCUGCGGUCGUGCACGGCGGGAGCGAGAGCCAGUCUGGUCCUGUUCCCUCCUCCCCGUCUGGCUGUGUGAGUGGGCGGAGUCAAGACGGGUGGAGUCAGGGUGGGCGUGUCCCACCAGUGAUAGGCAAAGACGAUGGUCCUGGGUGUGGCCCGCAGUUCUGUAUAGGGGGUGUCAGCCUGGAGAAAACGCCUCCAGGCCACAAGUUUGGUUUGGAUCGACUUCGCGAAAGUCCCGAGUUCAAACAGCCGGCGUACCACAGGAACAAGGUCCGUAAGUUUGGAGAGAAUACGUCCAAUAAUUCCGUGUGGAGCGGCGGUCAGGGAGGAGAGGAGACGCAAGAGUUGACCUCGACGUACCCUCCUGGCCCUCACAACAGGACCGCCAUGGCUGAUGUGGUGGGACCCGGAUGGUCCACCGAGUUUUUUCUGUCCGACAACUACUUAUCCGAGAACCGCUUCAAGUUCCCUGCCAGCCCGACCAAAGACAGAACCCCAGAGAGGGAGGAGAGCCUUCUACCCCCUCCGUCAUCAGCUCCCCCUGUGACGUGCUCCUGUAUGCAGAAUGGACACACGGCUGCCGAGUCUCUGCCACGCAGGAAAAGCUCGUCGUCAUCCACAAAGUACUCACGACCUUUUCACGGUCGCGACGAGAGCAGAGUUUUUCACGCCUCUUCUUCAUCCUCAUUCUCCUCCACCCCCUCGCUGCCCCCCUGUGACAGUCUCGGCAAACAGCCUGUGCUUGGUCCGUCGUUCAUCUCUUUCCGUGCAGAUGAUGGCUCUUCUUUGUCAACGUCUUUCAACCCCUCCCGACAACCACCUCCCCGACCCCCACCCCCACAGAGACCCCCGCCUCCCUCCCAUUCGCCUCCUCCAGCCUUCACAAAGCCCCGAUCGUCCACCGCUCCCCUGAGUCCCAGCACAAGGGUGGAAGGUUCUUUAUCGUUUGUCAAAUCGGAAUCUUCUUCUGCCCCUACUGGCUGGUCACCUGAAUCGGACUCGCACUCAACCAAAGAACUUUCCGGAAAUCGUCACAAAAAAGGCGCAGGGAGUCAUCAACGACAUCGUCGACAGGGCUCUUUCCCACUGGAGCAGCAGUCGAUGAAGAGUCGGAGCAUGGAGAAAGAAGUCGGGCCGGCCAGGCAGGGGACACCCGAGGGCCCCAAGCAAAGCGGGAAGUUGAUAGGGGCCCAGGUGUUGGGGGCCAAAGUACGCAAGGCACAGUCAGAGUAUUCCAGCAGUCGUGGAACACAUCACAGAGCUGGUGAGGGAAAACGCCAUAGUCCUCCACUAGCGAGAAAAGGACCCUAAACUCUUAAAUAAAAAAUCCUUUUGUGUUCUGAUAUUUCAGCAUUAUGUUCUGUUGUGUAAUAUUACCCUAUUGAUGUGGUUUGUGAUUUCACAUGUUGUAUGGUUCAAAACAGCACAAAUCAGGUCUGUGAACUCGCAAAUUUGUCAAUGCUUUUCAUAGAAACUGCCUCUUUAGAACUUUGUUUCUGUGAAAGGUUGAACCGUUGUGAAAUGAGAUUGUGUAGUUGUUAAGCUAUUACAUACAAGUAAUGGGAUUCACAGCUUGCUGGCAGUUUUGUUUAGAGUUGGGGGGGGAAUAUUUAUUUUAAGUUCUUCCUUCUUCUUGAAAAAAAACAGGAAUAAGGAUAGGGUUAGGAUAAGACCUGGCCCUGGCUGUCCCAUGAUAGGAUGUGACCUUACUGCAUGACCAGUCUGAUGUGUGAUGUGUUUGAUCUCCGUGACUUCUUCCCUAGAUCGUGGACUCUCCAUGUCACAGACCUUGGAGUGACGGAUGAAGAAACUUGUUUUGGAGUUGGAGUUGGCUCCUGGGAUAAUGUGUGUGUGUGGUCUUCUUUUCUGGAAGGGGGAGGGGGGGGAGGAGGAGGAGAGAUAUAGUCAGGCACGGAUAACUCAAACAUGUCAGGGGAUUAGGGAUUGACAGAUAUAUUAACCCACCUAUAAUUCAGUUUAACUUACUCUACAAAAUUAAAGAGAUAUUAUUAACCCUUCCAUCCCCAUGCGCGUAUAUUUUCAGCAGCGCUUGUACCUCCUUCCGUCCCAAGAGUGUAUAUUCUCAGUUUCGGGGGGUACCAAAUUUGCGCAUUUUUCUAAAUGAGCAAAGCUAAUUGAUCUUUAAAUUUUAUAUUUGUUCAUUUACCUUUAAACAUUCUGGUAUGUUAUUAUCUUCAUAUAAUAACAAAGAUACUACAUCACUUUUUAGAAUACCUGCCUCUUUUUCUGAAAUACUUGUUGCUGUAUUUGCUGGGACUGGGGUUAGGGAGUACACAAAAAUGGCUGGGGCUGGAAAGGUUAAGGGAAGGGCAAAGUGUACGAGCUAUCCGGGAUUUUGAGUUGUUCAUGUUCUCGUUAUCUGUGCCUUGCUGUAUACAGGUAAACUAUUUCUUUCCAUCAUGGUUCUGAUUUGUGUUGGGAUGUACCAAGAGUAACCUGUCAUUACUGUUUUUCCCCCAAAUGAUUUUUACAACUGCAAUAUUUUAAUUGAGGAUUGGUCCAAGUUAGCAGAAUGUAAUGGGUAUGGGUAGAGAAGAAUGGGCAGUUGUGAUCUGGUUAACAGUCAGAGAUGGUCAUAUGUAGCGAAUUGGAAGUUGUCAUCUUUUGACAUUUCUUUUUUUGUUUUUUUUCUUCAUUAGUAUUGUUGUUUUCAUCAUGUUGACUUUGUUGUUUUUAUUGUUGUUGCUUUAGUAUUAGAGAACAGCAAAAGAUGUGCGAGUCAAAAUAUUGCAGGAAUUUAGGGUUUUUGAGUGAAGGAGGGUAAUUAUGACCUUGCCUUUUUCCCAAUCAGUUCGAAGGUACCUUUGUCGUUUUGAUCUUUGCCUGUAAAAGUCGAAUGUAUUCCCAAGCAUUACGCCUGCAAAACUUUUAUCAUAAAUGUUAUCUUUGAUCCACUUUUCUUUUCUCGCUUUCAGCUUAAAGAAUGAUUAUCAUUUGAUAUUAAUAAUUAUAUAAUUUAGAAAUACACCUUGUCUUAAUAAUAACUUUUGUCUUUGCUUACUCUUGUCUGUUGCAUUGUUAAGAUUGUUGCACACUAAACUGUUGCCAUUCCAUAAAUUGAAUCCAAAGUAACAGCAGACUGAAAAACUCAGUACGGUCAAGUAUUAUCUUUUCUGUUUCGUACCAAGCUGGUUUCUCGCAAUCCUUGUAUUAAUCUGCAUGUUACUGCAUUAAUGAUUACUAUUUAAAAGCUGUGUUGUAUUUAGAUUGGGAGGAAAAAAGGGGUGGGGAGGAAGGAGGUUGUUUGUGAGUGUUGUUGAGGGAAAGGCCUUACAAGCUGGUUUCUUGUUCUCCUUUGCAAAACCAAUGUGUUAUUACAUAUUAAUUCACAUUAUACUUAAGUUAUGUGGGAUAGUAUUUUAAGGGGUGUGUGUGGGGAAGUAGGGGUGUGGCGUCGCCAGCUCCUUCCUUUUCUUUUCUGUGUUGUUUCUUCUGCGAUCUGGUUUUGUUGAAAAGAAACCGAUAUCAUGCCCUUUUUCUGUAAACUGUGACCUUACAACUGGUCAUCAGCUCUACUUAGUGAAA